UCUGCUGAAUCAAAACAAUGGCCGACUGCAAGCUAGCAAUUUACCUCUCGUGAUCUUUUUAAGUGUUCAGUAAUUAAUUUUCGCUGACUCUCUUUACGAGUCUCUCACUGGGAUGGAUAAAUGAUUUCAUAAGUGUAUCUGUAAAGAGAAAAAACUGCUGCCAAGUCCCGCUUUUCGCCGCCAAAAUGAGCGAUGUUGUGGAGAAGACCCUGACAGCUCUGCCGAGCCUCCUGUCUUUGGACUCUCAGUCUGGAGCCACUAAACUGUCCACAACCUCAAAACUAGGAAACCUCAUCAGAGGGAUAACCGAGCUGACGUCCAAACAUGAGGAGGAAAAACUUAUUCAGCGAGAACUAGCAUCUAUCAAAGAACAGGUGUCCUCCCCCAAUACCUCCAUGAGGCAGAUGAAGGAGCUCAUGGUGAGAGCGAUCUAUUGUGAAAUGCUCGGUUACGAAGCUUCGUUCAGCUAUAUUCAUGCCAUCAAACUGGCUCAACAAGGCACUGCUCUGGAGAAAAGAGUCGGUUAUCUCGCUGUAUCUUUGUUUCUGAACGAAAGUCACGAGCUGCUUCUUCUCCUUGUGAACACUGUAUUAAAGGAUCUUCAGAGCACAAACCUUAUUGAAGUGUGCAUGGCUCUAACUGUCGUCAGCCAAUUGUUCCCCAAAGACAUGAUUCCUGCAAUCCUUCCUCUGGUUGAGGAGAAACUGAAUCACCCAAAAGAAAUAAUUCGACGGAAAGCAGUCCUGGCACUGUAUAAAUUCUACCUAAUAGCACCAAAUCAAGUUCAACACAUCCACAACAAGUUUCGUAAAGCUCUGUGUGAUAAGGACCCUGGCGUCAUGACAGCUUCACUACACAUCUACUUACAGAUGAUCCAGGAGAAUCCAGAAGGUUAUAAAGACCUGACAGCAAGUUUUGUCACCAUACUUAAGCAAGUGGUGGGAGGAAAGCUGCCCAUGGAUUUUAACUAUCACAGUGUCCCCGCUCCGUGGCUGCAGAUUCAGCUUCUCAGAAUACUGUCCUUACUCGGGAAAAAUGACCCGAGCUCAAGUGAGAUCAUGUAUGAAGUCCUCGAUGAGUCUUUACGAAGAGCAGAGAUGAAUCAUAACAUCACCUAUGCAAUAUUAUACGAGUGUGUAAAAUGUAUUUACACGAUUCAUCCCAAAUCUGAACUUUUGGAAAAGGCCGCAAAGUGCAUCGGCAACUUUGUUCUGUCACCGAAGAUUAAUCUUAAAUAUCUUGGCUUGAAGGCGCUUACCUACGUAGUCCAACAGGAUCCUAAACUGGCCCUGCAGCAUCAGAUGACCAUCAUAGAGUGCCUCGAUCACCCCGACCUCAUCAUCAAGCGUGAGACGCUGGAGUUGCUCUUUCGGAUCACCAACGGUCAGAAUGUCACGGUCAUCGUGGAGAAGAUGCUGGAGUUUCUGCGCAUCAAUAAAGAUGACUACACCACCAUUGACCUGGUGGGGAAGGUUGCGGAACUGGCAGAAAAAUAUGCACCAGACAAUGAAUGGUUCAUUGAGACCAUGAACACAGUGUUUUCAGUGGGUGGAGACAUGAUGCAGCCUGACAUCCCAAACAGUUUCCUUAAACUGCUGUCGGAGGGGUUUGACAGUGUGGAGGAGGACAGGAAGUUGAGGCUGUUUGCUGUGGAUUCAUAUGUUUCUCUGCUGCAAGGAGAGCCUGGCAAACUGCCACAGCGCUUCCUCCAAGUCAUCAGCUGGGUCCUCGGUGAAUACUCCUAUCUGAGGGAGGAACUUGAAGCAGCCACAGUCUUGAGGCUGCUGGCCAAACUGUUGGACAUGAAGAACACCAGCAGUGAAACCAAGUGCUGGGUCCUCAUGGCCAUGACCACGCUCUGUGACGGUGCGGCAGGUGUGUCUGUGGCCCAGGAGGUUUCCGAAACAUACAGCAGCUCCAUGGACACAGGACUGAGACAGAGGGCCCAGGAGCUGCAGCACCUCAGCCAACAACCUGAGCUACGGGCCAGGGUGCUACCUCGAGACACCAGCCUGGAACCUCUGGAGGUGGAUUCCUCUCUGUCAUUUCUGGAUGGAUUUGUAUCGGAGGCGUUGGCUGCUGGCGCUGCUCCAUACAAGCCUCCCCAUCAACGGCAGGAGGAACUCGCUCAGGCAAAAGCGUUGAGCUUGGAGCCAUACGGCCUGUCCCUGCCCAUCAGCAUGUCCUCCUGCAGCAUUGCCGACAGACAGUCCCCUACUCUGUUGUCUGUAAGCUCGGGCCUGUCAGGGGAUAGCACUGACCUCUCAAACAAAGGAGGUUCUACGACUCUGAAACUGGAUGGUGUGAAGAGAGUGUGGGGGAGGGAGGGCUACCUGGCACAAAAGGAACCUCUGGAGGAGUCUGCCCAUGUCGAGGUUCCCAGUCCUCUUAGGUCACCGGACCAGCAGGGAGAGGCUGAGAGUGCACAAAUCAGCCAGACUCCCACUCCGGUACCGACCCCUGAGCCCGAACAGGAGAAACAGCAGCUGGCCUCUUCGCUGUUUGUUGGCCUCGGCUCCCAAAGCUCUGUGUGUCUGAUGGGAAAAUCUGAUCCGACACCGCAGCGAUUCAGAAGAAAAGCCAAAAGUCCGAGCUCGUCUUCAGGUGCCAGUGAGCAAAUAUCCAACUCCCCCGUCUCUGCUUCGAGCACAGUGGACAACCUUCUGUGUAACAACCUUAUGGACUCCGGCGUCACCUCAGAGCUGGCCGUUUCUUCACCUGAACAGACGUCCCAACUCUCUCAGGACCUCACUGCUGCUAAUGGCACCUGUGAUGUCGAAUUAACUGACAGUGACAUAAAGGGAAGUAGCCCCUCUCUCAUUAAGGAUAACAGUGCUGAUGCACCUCCACAUGAAGAUGAACCUAAAGACUUUUGUCUCAGCUCUCAUCUUCCUGCAGAGCUCUCUGGACUCUCACACUCAGAAAUCACUCCUCUGUGCUCCAGCCAAAGCCUGGAUGUCUCAGCCUGUCAUGUGCAGAGAGAUGAUUCUUUAGCGCUGGUUACUUUUAUUUACAACUCCUCUGACUCUGACAUUCAACAGAUACUCCUAGAACUUGACUCAGAUGAAGCUGAGGUGUCCUGUGUGUGUGACAGUGUGGUGCAGGAGGUGAGAAGCCACAGUGUAGCAGUGUGUCAGUAUUCCCUGACUGUGAAGAGGCCUUCAGUUCAUGUUGAAGUGGUUGGGAUGUUAUCUUACCAGUUUCCCGUUGGGACGCCUCAGUCCAUGCAGUUCUCAUACAAACUGCCUCUAACCAGCUUCAUCAGACCUUUGACCGUGUCCACAGAGCAGUACGGGACAAUGUGGCUGGACUUCUCUCACGAUACAAAGCAGAACCUGACGCUGAUAAGUGACGGCCAAGAACCUCUUGCAGCCACUCUGAAUGUGCUAAAGAAGAAACUGCAUCUUCAUGUGGUGGAAAUCAUCGGUAUGGAGGGUAUUGUAGCCUGCUGCCUGCUCCAGGAUCAGCCGUGUCUGAUGCACUGUCGCCUGCAUGCAGGAACGCUGGCCGUAUGGCUGCGCUCUCCGGUCCCCGACCUGCCUGACUGCCUGAUGUACCACUGUCAGAGAGCUUUACAGGAGCACUGAGCCUCCGACUGCAACUCCUGCACUGACACCACUGAGCAACAUGACCACCUGACCCUCAACCACUGCAGAGGAAGAAGGUACACAGAGCAGUAGUGCAACACAUCAUCCUCAUCUUUAUUCCACAGUGUUUACAGUUAGUUUAUCUCUGCCAAGAAUGUUUCAUCUUGGGGUUUUUUUUUUUGGUCCACUAAUCAUUUAUUUUCAACAUAUAAAUUAAUGGAAUAAUUCAGAACUGUUUGAAAGGCUUGGCUGGUAAAAACCUCAGGGUUAAAAGAUUGUGGUUUUAAACUCCUGUUGGUGUUUGAUGUUUCAGAAUAACAAUAAUGUCUUAAGAUGAUGACUUGAAAACUUAAGUGGUUGUAACAUCGUUCGUGGGAUGAGUCAAUGCAAAGUAUGAUAUUCUCAUUAUGAAGGGAAAAUCAUACAUUUCUACUGUUACUUUUUUGCCCCAGAUCUGUAUGCUAAAUGUCAAGAGAGAUCAUGUCCGACUUUAUAAUUUUUGAAAUUAUUUUUAAACAAGAGAUCACAUUUUCUACAUUAGCCGAUUGUUACAGCGCGGCCCAUUUUGAUUUUAAUCAGAUAUAAUGGUAACUAUUUGGUUAUGUCAUCAACACUGACUAAAGCAAUACUGACAGAAAUUGACAAAAUGACACUAAGUCUUGCAUUGGAUUGGUUUAUAUUAGCUAUUCAUUUUUUUUGUUUUUUUAGAAGCAAAGGGAUGAUAUUGAUAUCUUAGUGGGGUACCAAAUUAAUUGUUCAUUAUUCUAGUAAGGAAACAAACAAAACAAAGAGAAUUUAAAAUGCUCUUGAAGAAAUCUUCAGAGAGUUGCGUCUCAAGAGGAACCUGCUCUUCUUUGCUGAAGUUUGAACACAGAAAAAAAUUGUUUACAUCCCUAUUUGUGUUUAGGAUUACAUCAUGCCGACACUAACCUCCGACUGCAGCAGUUACUUGUAUUUUUUACAUCUACGAUGAGAGUAUUUUGUCUUAAAAAUAGCGCUCUGGGAUGCCAUGUGAGUGUUUCAGUGUCCCCUCAUGUUUUGCAGACGCUGCCUUCUGUGUGAUCUGAUUAUCUAUGCAGUUAUGUUUCUGUCAGUUUGGGUGAGAGGUGGAUUUUAGCGGUCUUUGAUUAUUAUAUUUUUGUAUCAAUGCAGUAUUAAAAACAUAUUUAUUGGAUUUAUAUUCUUACUGAAUAGAUUUUAUAUUAAUU